UUAUACUUAUGUACCGAUUUCGUUGCUCACCGCAGACAAUAUACAAUCGUUGGACCUGGAACCAUACACCCUCAUCGAGAUUACUAUGUGGCUGUCGCCGUGCAUCACACCAAAGAGCCAGUUACCUUGAAGAUUGGUAUAACGGGACCCUCGUACAAUGAGACGCAAACGGUCGAGUUGCCAAAUGUCGAUGAGUUCAAGCAAAUUACCUUCACGUUGCCUCCUCUAAAGUCGGGUGACUAUAACUUGACCGUAGAGGGUGUCUCGGGACUUGAGUUCAAGAACUCAACGCAUCUGAAUUUGGCAAAGUUUAAGCCAUAUGACAAA